AUGAGUAACUCUUUAGAAGAACGUCUAAAAACUCAUUCAUCGGCAUUUGAUGGAUUAUUAUCAUUAAUCCCUGCCAAAUAUUAUUAUGAUGAUGCUACUCAAGAUCAAUGGCAACAGAAAAAGAAAUCAAAACAAGAAAUCAAACAGAAUAAACGAGCCAAACUAAAUCCUGAAAGUAUUAAUAAUGCUGAUGAAUAUUCAAAUGGUAAUGCAAGUGCUAAAGAUGUCAUGGAUAAUAAAGCUAAAAAAGCUACUAGCGUAUCAUUACCAAUGAAAAAUUUACCAAAACCAAUAACUAAAGAUUCUGAAGAAGAAGAAGAAGAGGAAAGUGGGAAUGAUGAUUCUGAUGAUUCUGAUGAUGUUGAGAUACCGGAUAUGGAUGUAAGUGAAGAUGAGGAGAAACAAGUAAAUGAUGAUGAUGACGACGAUAGUGAUAUUAUAAAUAAUAAUCAAUUAAUAUUUGAUGAUGAUGGGAAUGAGAUUGAAUUGGAUUCAUUUAAAAAACAAGAAAUACAAUCUACCAAUAACACUAAUAAUAAAUCGAAAAAGAAACAGUUAUCUGAAGAAGAACAACGUAAAAGACAAGAAAAUUUAGCUAAAUUAAGAGAAAAAUUAGAAUCUAAAAUUAAUAAUUUAAAAGAGAAAAGAAAAGCUAUUGGUAGUAAAUCUAAUGGAGCUCCUAAAUCUCGUGAUCAAAUAUUAGCUGAACGUCAAAGAAGGGAAGAAUUGAAAAAGCAACAAAAAAGAAAACACGAUGAAUUAGAAGAAGAAGAAGAAGAAGAUUCUGGUUCAGAUUCAGAUUCAGAUUCAGAUUCCGACUCAGAUUUUGAUAUUGAUGAAGAUGAAAAUGUAUUAUUUGGUAAUAUAGUAUUUAAUGAUGGAUCUCAAGUAACGUCUGAUUUAUCGAAAAUUCGAAAUUCUGCUGAAAGGAAAAAACAAAAAGGACCAGCUAAUAAAGAUAUUAAAGCUCAUUUACAAAUAUUAGAGAAGAAGAAACAGAAAUUAGCCUCAAUGAGUGUUGAAGAUCAAGAAAAACAACGAGAAAAAGAUAAAUGGCAAAGAGUAAUGGCUCAAGCUGAAGGGAUUAAAAUUAAAGAUGAUGAAAAAUUAUUGAAACGAGCAUUAAAACGUAAAGAGAAAAAGAAAUUGAAAAGUGAAAUUGAAUGGAAAGAACGUAAACAAGUGGUUAAAGAUACUGUUGCUGCUAGAGCUAAAAGAAGAGAAGAAAAUUUGAAAGCUAGAAGAGAUAAUAAGGGUAAAAAACAUCAACCUAAAUUGAAAAAAUUCACUGGGACUGUUAAUAAAGCUCAACUUAAAAAGAAAAGAGCAGGUUUUGAAGGUAGUGUAAAAUUUAAAUCUAAAAAGAAGUAA